AUGGGCAAGAAAAUUGUGUUCAACAUCUCCUCGGAGUUCCAGCUCCAGCAACUGCUUGGUGAAGGAGCGUAUGGCAUUGUGUGUAGUGCACGGCAUUUGCCCACAGGUCAAAUGGUAGCCAUCAAGAAAAUCGAACCCUUUGACAGAACUUUGUUCUGCCUACGCACACUAAGAGAGAUCAAACUUCUACGGUGUUUUCAGCAUGAAAAUAUCAUAUCGAUCUUCGAUAUCCAAAGACCAGCAUCUUUUGAAAGUUUCAACGAGGUGUAUAUCAUUCAAGAGUUGAUGGAUACGGACCUGCACAGGGUGAUUGCAACGCAAACGCUAUCCGACGAUCAUAUCCAGUAUUUCAUAUACCAGAUCCUUCGCGGGCUCAAAUGCUUGCAUGCCGCAGAUGUGAUCCACCGAGAUCUGAAGCCUUCGAACCUGCUUGUUAAUGCCAAUUGUGACGUUAAGCUUUGCGAUUUCGGUCUUGCCCGAUGUGCAGGAACAGGUACAAUUGGAUCGAAAAGUGGCGAUUGCGGCCAGAUGACAGAAUAUGUGGCCACACGUUGGUAUCGAGCACCAGAAGUGAUGCUGACGGCAGCGGAAUACACAUUUGCCAUGGAUGUGUGGUCUUGUGGAUGCAUUCUAGCCGAGCUUUUGAUGCGUCGGCCAUUGUUUCCCGGAAAAGAUUACCGUCAUCAGUUGCUGCUGAUUUUCCAAGUGAUAGGUACGCCCAGCGCGAAAGAUCUUGAAUGUGUUCGCUCGACUCGAGCCUUGCAGUAUUUGCGAUCAUUACCAUAUUAUCCGAAAAAACAAUCCUUCGAAGAGCUCCUUUCCACAACGAAUCGUCAAGCCAUUGAUUUGCUGGAACAAAUGCUGAUCUUUGAUCCACGUCGAAGGAUCACCGCAGCAGAAGCGUUGAAACACCCUUAUUUGAGCUCAUAUCAUGACCCACAAGAUGAACCUGCGACCACAAAAGUAGAUCCAAAACUGUUUCGCUUCGACGAUUGCAAGGAUCGGUUGGGAGCUGGUGAUUUGAAGCGGUUGUUGUGGGACGAGAUAUUUGGCCGUGCAGCGUAA